AUGAACAACCUCCAUGCGCCCACAGUCCCGUCCGGACAGACAAGCUCCUACACAAGCAACGGCGAUGCGGGGCAGAUGAGCUUCAAAGAGCUUGAACGAUGGAAGGACGAUAUUGAAGCAGAACUCAAGGCACUCGGCAGCGUGCUUGACUCGCAUGGAGUAGACAUGAACACGGCGCUCAUCACGAGAGACGGCUUCCCUCGCUCUGACAUCGACGUUGCUCAGAUUCGGACAACAAGGGCUCGAAUCAUUCGACUCCGAAACGAUUAUAAGGGCCUCAUGACUCGGAUCGAAAAGUUCCUCCACGAUCAUUUCGCGGGCCUCGAUGCCGACGGCGAAACAGCUCCCAAUUCCAGUGGCGAAUUGCCCAUCCUUCCAGAUUCGCAACCCGAGUCCCUAGACCCGCCGUUUGCGAAGGUCAACACCGUUGCCGCAGGAAGUCCAGCUGAGCUGGCUGGCUUGAAGGCUGGCGACGAGAUUCGCAAUUUCGGCUACGUAAAUCGAUCCAACCACGACAACCUCAAGAAGGUGGCAGAGUGUGUGCAGGGAAACGAAGGAAGCAACGUAUUUAUCAAAGUGUCACGACCUGCAGGCGUGGCGCAACGAGAGGAGCUACGGCUAACCCUGACCCCGAGAAAGGAUUGGGGUGGACGUGGAAUGUUGGGCUGCCAUAUCCUCCCCCUCUAA